ACUUGUAAAUUGUAAUGACAGACAAUCAAUGGUAUCUUGGAAUGUAUUGGGGAAAAGUUGUUUGCAACCAACGGAUGAGAUUGCAUAAUAAUCAUCUCUCUCUCUCUCUCUCUCUCUCUCUCUCUAUUCAAAACCUUUCAGUCGCGCUGGUUGGUGGACUGGUUCCGUCAAUUGCCCUUCUCAUAGUAACCAGAAUGUUAGCUCAGUCGCACUCCUUGUGUAAUAAAUCAUUCGAUCUGAUUCCGCCACCGUCUCCGGUGUUGCGGUCUACAACAACAACUUGCUCACUUCGUGUCCCUUCCUCGCCUAGAAGCAGCCGAUUCUCCUUUCUGACUUCUUCUUCAAGCGUUGCUGCCGUCUCCCGUGGCCGGAUCUCCCUUACUACAAUGGCUUCGAACACGAAACGACCUGACCUAAUCGAAAACAUCCCUUCGGAACUGAGCGACAUCGAGCUAGAUCGAUUCGCCGCUGUGGGCAAUGCACUAGCUGACGCUUCCGGCGAGGUUAUCAGAAAGUAUUUCCGGAAGAAAUUCGACAUCGUCGAUAAAGAUGAUAUGAGUCCUGUUACAAUCGCUGAUCAAAUGGCUGAAGAGGCAAUGGUAUCCAUUAUAUUCCAGAAUCUUCCUUCUCAUGCUAUAUUUGGUGAAGAGAUGGGUUGGAGAUGCAAACAGGAAUCUGCUGACUAUGUUUGGGUCUUGGACCCAAUCGAUGGAACAAAGAGCUUUAUCACAGGGAAACCCGUGUUUGGUACGUUGAUAGCUUUGCUCUACAAAGGUAAACCGAUUCUAGGUCUAAUUGAUCAGCCUAUUCUAAAAGAGAGAUGGAUAGGACUGACUGGAAGAAGAACUAAAUUAAAUGGGGAGGAUAUCUCAACGCGAUCUUGCCCAAAAUUAUCACAAGCAUAUUUAUACACCACUAGCCCACAUCUAUUCAAUGGAGAGGCAGAAAAGGCAUAUGCUCGAGUUAGAGACAAGGUGAAGAUGCCAUUAUACGGUUGUGAUUGUUAUGCUUACGCUCUCCUGGCUUCUGGAUUUGUCGAUCUUGUUAUUGAAUCCGGUCUAAAGCCAUAUGAUUUCCUUGCUCUGGUGCCUGUAAUAGAAGGCGCUGGAGGUACCAUAACCGAUUGGAACGGUAAACCAUUUUUGUGGGAAGCUUCAUCCAGUGCAGUUGCGACAAGCUUUAAUGUAGUUGCAGCAGGAGAUUCAGACAUUCAUCAGCAAGCUUUAGAGUCACUUGAGUGGCAGUGAAAAGCCUUCGCUGUAGAGGAUUAUCAAGGUACUAUUCAGGGAAAGCAAGAUCAUUCGUGUGUAUCUCAGAUGUAAAAUGCCUUGAAGAUCUCAAGAAACCAACCCAAACGUUUGAUGAUGAGGAUGAAGAUGAAGAUGAUGAUGUUUACAAGAAGAGGAAGAAGAAGAACAGGCAAUCAUCUUCAUCUUCAUUUUCUGCUGCUGUGAACAGCAAUGUGAAUUUCUCGAACUACCCUUGUCGUAGAGUCUCUAGUAGCAACCAUUGUUCCUCACCUUGUGUUGGUGCUUAGGUAAAAAAAAAAACGAUGGAAAAACACUUUCUCAAAUUUAUCACGAAGUCCCCUUUUUGGCUCGUUAUUCCAAACCCAGUACUGAAAACACAAACUUCAGUGUGUGGGGUAGCCAGCCAUUUGAUUUUCUUUGCUUUUUUUUUUUAAAAUGUUUUUGUGGUCUUCUUUUUUUUUUUUGCGCAAAUUUAAUGUAGAUUUGGAUGUGUUUGUUCCAAUUUGCGCAUAUUAUGUUUGGGACAGAAUGUUGGAAAAAUCCUUUUGGAUGUAA